UUCUCGGUUUUCGUACAGAAUUUCCAGGUUUCACUUUUUGUAUUGGCAUCUGAAAUUGGCUAGGUGAUAAUAUUUACUGGGUAAUACCUGAGCGAUCGAACAUGUGAUUGUACGAGUAGGCUGAUAAAUUGCAGCUAACACCGGCAGAUGUGCUGGCUUAAUUGUUUUGGCUGAUGAGAAAUGAGUGGCAGUGGACGAGCAAGAACGACGUCGUUUGCUGAAAGCGGGAUAGGAAUGAGCGGUAUGAGUGGAAGUCGACAGCAGUUGUCGAACUCCUCUGGUGCGUCCGUUUCGGGCGUGCGGAUCUCCAGCGGUCGGGAUGGAAGUCGAGUUACGACUGUGGUCGCAACCCCUGGUCAAGGUAGUUGCGAUCGACCGCAAGAUGUUUCGUACACGGAUACUAAAGUGAUAGGAAAUGGAUCGUUUGGUGUUGUGUACCAAGCUAAACUUUGCGAAUCUGGAGAACUGGUUGCUAUCAAAAAGGUUCUCCAAGACAAACGUUUCAAGCGGGGACAAGGUAGCUAUCUAUUUUCUGUCGACGUAGUUCGAGGAAUUCCGCAGUAUGACUUCGAUUUUCAGAAGGAUGAAGUGUUCUUGAAUCUUGUCCUGGAAUACAUUCCCGAGACUGUGUAUCGAGUGGCCCGGCAUCAUAGUAAGAAUAAGCAGACAAUCGCCAUCAGUUUCAUCAAACUGUACAUGUACCAGCUUUUCCGAAGUUUGGCCUACAUUCACUCGCUGGGCAUAUGCCACCGAGAUAUAAAGCCUCAGAACUUAUUACUGGAUCCGGAUACGGGAGUAUUGAAACUGUGUGAUUUCGGAUCGGCUAAGCACCUGAUAGCUGGCGAGCCGAACGUUUCUUAUAUUUGCUCGCGGUACUACCGUGCUCCUGAAUUGAUUUUUGGUGCUACUGACUACACGACUCAAAUUGACGUAUGGAGCGCGGGCUGUGUUCUUGCCGAGCUUCUGCUCGGUCAGCCGAUUUUCCCGGGUGAUUCCGGCGUUGACCAGUUGGUGGAAAUCAUAAAAGUUCUGGGCACCCCGACUCGCGAGCAGAUUUACGAGAUGAACCGACAUUAUUCGGAGUUCAAGUUUCCCCAGAUCAAAGCCCAUCCAUGGCAAAAGGUGUUCCGUGCAAGAACUCCUCCAGAGGCAAUCGAGCUGGUUUCCAAGUUGCUAGAAUACACGCCGUCGUCGAGAUUAUCGCCGUUGAAAGCUUGCGCUCAUCAGUUCUUCGAGGAGCUGCGUGAGCCGAACACUCGGUUGCCAAAUGGACGUGAUUUGCCGCCGUUGUUCAACUUCACAGAGCAUGAGUUACGGAUCGACCCAUCACUGAAUGCAGUGUUGAUCCCACCGCACGUGCGUAAUCAGAGAACUACCUCCGUUGGCGGUAAACCCGAGGGCAGCGGAAGUGGUGGAUCUUCUCCAAGCGUGCUGGCUGGCAAGGAUACGGAAUUACCGGGGAACGGAGCAUCGCCACAGAACUCUAAAGUGCCGACUGGACCUGACGCACCAAGCGCGGGGGUCCCAUCAUUACCGACAAACGUUGCCGGGACGGCACCAGCUACCGCUGCAGCCGCUACCUGAACUACCUUGCCGUCGCCUGUUCUCUUCGUGCACCAUUUCCGCAGCACUUUUUACUGUCUGAUGGGGGGGGGGGGAUAGGAAGCGUAGUUAGACCCCAGCGCGGGCGGAAGCGAUAACUUGGCUCCUGAAGUAGCGAGUAAUUGCUGAACUAGAGGAGCCCCCGAAUAAUCGCUUCGAUAUUUCCCGUAGUAUGCGGGUAUCUUCUCUCUGUCUCUCCUCUAUAUCUCUUCCCCGUAGUUCGUUUCAUUUCACGCUGAACGCCGAGGAUCUUGCGCCUUUUUGCUGAGCACGGGUGGUUGAUGCGUUUUGGGAGUGGUUCGCGAGUUGCUUUUGGCAGUAACUUGUUCUGUUUCGUAUCAGUUACGCAAUAUGACAUAGAAGGUGGGGCCCAUGAUUAACAUGUCACACAUCGGUCCGUGACGAUUUUUUUGUUGUGAUUUUUGACAAUACGUGAAUGGCGGCAGGAGUGUGUGCGUGGAAAUUGAUUGAUAUGAAGAGAGGAGACUGUUAACCAACAGCUCAGAUAGUUCAGAGCCCAGGAAAUGUAGCCAAAUGCCAGACUUAUUUCUUUUGUCAACUGUUUCUCUUUGACAGGACAUCGCCGGUCAGUAAAGUUGUUUGCUUUGAUUGGAACUCCCGUGCUCCCCUGAAUCAAACUCCUUUCCUUGCAUCAGAUUGAAAUAUUCAUGCAAGUGUUCUGGUUAGAUUUGUUUUCUUGUUCUGAGGCGGAACUGUGAGUGUGUGCUGAAAUCGAGAUAGGCUGACCAGCGCCAGUUGGAAUAGAAAUGAAUUGAUUCUUGGGCCAUCCCAGCCCGAAAUCCUCCCUCCUGCACUAGUGUUCCUCCAAGGAUAGUGGAUCUGUCCUGCUGGUUGUCUCUAGCUCAGUGGCCUUAGCUUAGGGACUUUGUUAUUCAGCUAAGGAGGAGGCACUGCCUAGUAUAAUUGGAGUGUUGAGUGACACGGAUUCAGUCAAUCAGUCUGCUACUGGUGGAACAUUUUCGAGAGAAAUCAAUUCACCGCUGUGAUACCUGUACAUUAUGAUGAGAAAUUAAUGAAUUAGCGUUCUCUUCAGAAGGUCUGAGUGCACCUGCUGACUUGAGGACUGCAGAGCUGGCGAGCGAUAGUACAUUUUCCAUGUUUUCAUUUGAUUUACUGAAGUUGCUAUUCGCUCUUUGCGCAAUUGUAUAUUGAACAGGCUAGUUUCCCUGAGCAAAUGUUUCAUUUGCAUUGUGCGUAGUUCUGGGUGACUUGCGGUAUUACUGAGGUCCCGGAUAAUUGACGUGUUGAGGCCUCUGCACUAUUUCCAUUCAGAAAAUUUCCGAAGUAUGCCUUCUAACGUUAGUCCAGUCUAGAUCAGUGGCUGCUGACUUCACCUGUUGCCUUUCAAUGCAUGUUUGGCUCAGCAUUCACUUGAGUCUGCCAUACUGGGUUUUCUUUCCAUAUCCGAUUGUGGGCGUUAGUGGUUUUGUAUCUUGAUUUCCGCUCCCUGACAGGGAUGAAGAAAUGAAAUGAAGUAUGUUGUCUGCUUUUAAA